GUGACACUCAUCAACAUGGCAACCCCCGUGGCAAAUGGAGACACUGCUAGUCGGCCAGACGAAGUGAAUAAUAAACCGCCUGAAGGCGUGGUCCUACCACCGAAGGAUAUUCGAGCUAUCGUCGAGAAAACCGCUGGGUAUGUGGCUCGAAAUGGGCCUGUAUUUGAAGAACGUGUCCGCGACAAGGAACGAAACAACCCCAAAUUCUCCUUCCUAAAUCCAAGUGACCCCUAUUCCGCAUUCUACGUAUGGCGACUUAACCAGAUUAAAGAGGGCAAGGGUACUGGCGCGCCUGUGGGCCCUUCAGACCAGGCUGCACCGGCUGCUGAGCCAGAGAAGCCCAAAGGCCCUCCAGCACCGGCGGAGUUCCAUUUCUCUGCUCGAAUGCCCAUAAUAAACGCGCAGGAUUUGGAGAUCGUCAAAAUGACGGCACUGUUUGUCGCCAAAAGGGGAAAGUCUUUUAUGACGGCCUUGUCUCAAAGGGAGGCUCGGAACUUUCAAUUCGACUUCUUGCGUCCGCAGCAUAGUCUCUACCAGUUUUUCACCAGACUAGUAGACCAAUACACGAUACUAUUGCGACCAGAAGGGGUAGAUGAUACUACCUCAGAGCAGAAAAGACUGGCGGAGCUAGAAGCCAAUGUCAGAAACAAGUACCAUGUUUUGGAAAGAGCCAAGCAGCGCGCAGAGUGGGUGAAAUAUCAGGAACAACAGAAACAGAAGAAAGAGGAAGAGGAGGAAAAGGAGCGCAUAGCCUACGCACAGAUCGAUUGGCAUGACUUCGUUGUGGUUGAAACGGUUCUUUUCACUGAGGCAGACGACCAGGCAGAAUUACCGCCACCGGCAUCUCUCACAGAUCUCCAGUCAGCGUCCUUGGAACAAAAGGCCAUGCUGUCUCUUAAUCCUCUGCGCAUUGAAGAGGCCAUGCCGACGGACCAAGACACUCCUGUAUACUAUAAUGCCUAUCCUACGCAGCCUCAACCAACUCCAACACAACCAGUCAUUCCCACCCCCCAGGCCGAACCUCCCAGCUAUGUCAUGCCCCAACCUCCUCCCACUGUUCCCCCAGUUCCAGCAGCAACAGACGAUGAAGAGCAGCGCAUUCGUGAGCGCAUGGAAGCACGCGAUCAAGCUGCUGUAGCGCAAGCCGCCGCCAAAGCACCUCCAGGACAACAACAGCCCAUGCGUAUCCGCUCGGAUUACGUCCCGCGCGCUCAAGCUCGCCGCCUCCAAACCUCCACUGCAACUGCGCUCUGCCCGAACUGCCGCCAGCAAAUCCCCAUCACGGAGCUGGAGCAACACAUGCGCAUUGAGCUCCUCGAUCCCCGGUGGAAGGAGCAGCGGGCCAAGGCGGAAUCCAGAAGCGCGACGACCAACCUCUCCACCGCCGAUGUCGUCAAUAACCUCAAACGUCUCGCAAGCCAGCGAAGCGAUGUCUUCGAUUCUACAGCUGUCCCUAUGUCUGGCGAAUCAGAGGAGGAAGCACGGAGAAAGAGACAGGCUACUGCCGGCCCGCAUGGUUACGACGGUGCUGGCCCCCCUGGGACCAUACCUCCCGGUGCUGUGCCUCCUGGUAGCGCUCCACCGGGUCAUUGGGCGCCCGGCGCUGUUCCUCCGGGUUAUAUGCCUCCUGGAGUCGCCGCUCCUGGCAUCGCGCACCCAAUGCCAACAGUUGGUCCCGCUGGAGGACCGCCGCCUAACCCUCCUACUUUGAAUAUCGAAGAACAGCUUCGACGGCUUCAUGAAAAGUACAGGCAAUAAGUAUAUGGUCUCAUAUAUUAUCUUUCUUCAAUGGAACUUUAUUGUUUUAGAAGACAGUAUGAGUGGAUAUAUUCUGAACCUGGCCUCUCAUCCAUGCAGGAGCUCUAUAGUAGACAGUGCAUAGUCAACUGAAACCAUUAACACCAUCUAUGAAACACAAACAACAUGGCCUCCAAGCAUCAUUUUCACAUUGAUCAGCUCUCAAAACUGGUAUGUACUAGUAGUACCAUGCAUUAUUAGAAAUCCAAACUUGCCGCCUCUACCAGACCCCAGAACUGAAGCACAAACGAAAGCGCAACAAAAAGCAUAACAAACACAUGAGGUGACAUUAAACCAUUCACAAUAACUAUUGGGCUGGUCAGUUCACAUUGCCUGUGACAUGGAGAUCCUCAUACCCAAAGGAUUUUUUUCAUAAAACUCAAACAUCUUUGCAAAGUUGAGUGUCACAUGGAAGAGGACAAUAUGUAUAGAAGAAUGGGAAUAUAACCAAAGGUGUAAUAAUACAUUAAGAAUAGAAAAAAGAUCGCCAAGACGACGCAUUAAAAUGAAUAAGUAACCGUGUGGCAAUGC